GAUAUUUGACAUUGUAAACCUGAAAGCCGAGCUACAUUGAUUCAAGGACAGUUUUUUUUAUAUAUAUGCAUCCCAAGGUCGGCAUGCUAAAAAAAACUUUUUUAUAACCUCAUCAGAACCAACCUUGUUUUAAAGGAUGUAAAAUGAGAAAAAAAUAGACGUUAAGUUUUUAAUACAUCCUUUGUUGUAAACAAAUAAAAAACCAUGUCACUCCAUUUUAAUUUUAGUAGAAUCUGCAUUUUAAUUUAAUUUAGACCUUGAAAGAUCGACUUUACCGCUCUAAGGGAAACAAAGUCAAAAAAUAUUAUAGCUGAGUUAAAUUUUGUAAUUUAAAUCCCUGGAGUAAAUUUUCUCUUUUUAUGGAAGAAAAAAACACGAGAACAAAAAUUUAGAAUCUGUAAACAUGAUAAAUAAUAUCUUAGUAGAAAUAAAAUGUUUUCCCUAGGUUAUGUCCUGCUUCCUGAUUUAUUUUGUACUGUUAUUUCAAAAUUUAUACAAAACAUAUUACGGAAUAAGAUUUUUGAAAAAAAAUGCAUUAAAAGGGGUUACCAUAUCCUUAAUAAAUUAUAAUUUUUUUCAUAUCAAGCAAAUGUUUACUGACAUAAACACCUGAUGUAAACUUGUUAUAGGUCAGAAAAUAUUUCAAUUGCUUUAUUAAAUGUUGUAAAUUCUAGGAAAUAGUUAUUUAUUUUCACAGCAAGUUUGGUCAUGGAAGACCUCAUAUUUAAUGCUGUUCUAACAGCUAUCACCAUUUGCAUUUUAAUUAUCACACUUUUAUGGUUUAUGCCACAUUUAAUCAUAACAAUUUUUGUGAGAGUGGCAGUGAUCUUUUCAAAAUUCAAGGAAAAAAAUGUUUGUGUUAAGGGUAACACCUAUUGCUCCUACAUUGAAAGAGGCAACAUAGAUUCAACAAAGAAGUCAAUUUUAUUUAUCCAUGGCUUUUUUGGCUCUGCUGUCGAUUUUGUACAAAUUGCUCCAUACUUUGAUAAAUCUUAUCAUUUGGUGGCUAUAGACAUGUAUAAUCAUGGUGGUACCACCAGCUUGAACAGAAAUGUUACAAUGGAAGAUAUGGUUGUCCUAGUUAAAACGUUUAGUGAGAAAACAGAUCUCCAUCGCAGAAAGUUUCAUUUGGUGGGGUUUUCAAUGGGUGGCAGUGUGGCUGUUGAUUAUGCAUCUCAGUAUAGUGAAGAUGUUGCAUCACUGACUUUAAUGGGAACGACUGGAAUGCAGGUGAACUAUAUGUCAGGAAAGAAGCCUAAAAGCGUUGUUUUCACCAGUGAUGAAGAUUUGCUGAAUACGUUGGACUAUUUAAGUAGUGGGAAAUUAUCUCACCCUCCCAAGGCAAUUACAACUGCUCUGAGAUAUUAUAAAAACCGGAAGGCUUCUGAUGUAGAUUAUGUUUUAAAUGGAACGGUAUAUGAUUACAAGUUUUCAGAAGCCAAUUUAAAAAGCAUAUCGCAUUUAGAUGUUUUAAUUCUAUGGGGUGACGAAGAUUUGAUUUGUCCAAAACAAGGAAUGGAUUUUCUAAAGUCUCGUCUUCCACGUGCGACCGACGUGUUGAUCAAGAAUUGCGGACAUGUCAUGCUACUGUCUCAUAUAAAAGAAGUUGCUGAGCAUCUUAAACGAUGGAUGGAUAGUAGGGAAAAUGACGAUGAAAAAACUGUUCCGCACAAAAGUUCAAAUGUUGUACUAAAAUCUCCUUAUUAAUUGACUUUUGAGUGUAUUUUUUGGAAAGAACGUGCGUAUCCGUACAAACUUUUACUGGGGUUACUUUUACUAGAGGAAAAGUUUUUGUCUGAGUGUGAAAAAAAUUUUCCAAUUUGACGCUCCUAGUCAAAAUUUUUCAACUAUCAAACUUUCUUAGACUCGUGUAAGUUUCUCCGAUUUUAAGUUAGUCAACGCUUUUGUUGCAUAAUAGUAGCUAAAUGUUUAAAAAAAGAAAUUUAUUUCAGAACAGUUCUUUGUACAUUUGACUUUUUUAUCAUUUACAAUCUAGAAAUAAUAAUGAAUAUGAAAAAAGCAUUAGUUUAUUUACGGUAAAAUAUUUUCCAAAACAUCGUGAAACAAAAACUUGGUUGAAAGAAAAAUUGGAUUCCAAAGUUUAUUUUUGAUGGAUUAAAUUUCUUUAUUUUAUAUACUUUUAAUUACAAAAAAGUACAAAAAUUUUCACAUUUGCAAAUAACUUCGGGAGUCAUAUAUUUUUACUUAACAAAAAAAAGCUACUUAUAUUUUUGAAAACGUUAACAUUAAACUCUAAAUACGAUAAUACAAUAAUACAAUAUUUCGGUCACCUAAAUGUUUUUUCCCUUUUUUUCGAUGGAUGAAAAUUGGAAACUCUCGUGCUGUGUUGUGCAAAUGUGAAAGCGUGUGAAAAUAUUGUCGGUCGGCGCUGAAUUUGUGAAAUUCUUCGUUUGUUUUAAUCCAUUUGGCGCAUCGUGUCGCCCUUAUAAUAGUGGGAGUGGAAGUAAAAAAGACGUUUUUAAUACACUUUAAAAAAAUUUCCUCUUAAAACUCACGGAAUGAAAAAAUAAUGAGUUUAUUGUGUGCAGUAAUGUAAUUUAAAACCACGUAAAAAAAAAAUUAAAAAAAACAAAUUUUGUGACACAACUUUAUAUUUACCUGAAUAUUUAUUCUUUUGUUGGCAUUUACCGAAGUUGAAGAAUAUCAAUUCGUUUUUAAGAAAGAAAACUACACCAGUUUUUACUAUUUGAUAAGAACAUCCGACCUAAGCCAAUUAAUUGCUAUUUCAAGUUCUUUUGAUGUUUUCAAUAUAGAAAUCUUUUUCGUUAGUUUUUUUUGUUUCUUUUUUCUUUUACUGUAUUUCGUAUUUUAAUUCAAUAUGUGCUCCACAGUGUUUGCGCGAUUAUAAGGAUUAAUCAUAGUUGCUUUUUCCUCCUGCAGACCGAAUGAAUUUUAAAAUGCUUCAUGGUGUGAGUUCGUGGGCAUAAAGUAUUGCGGAGGAGAGUUUAUUUUCGCGCCCUUUUUUUAGUGAUCACUGAUUUGUUCAUUAUUUCGGAAAGCUUAGAAGAUAAACAGAUUAUUUUCUCCGAUACCAUAAAACGGCAUGAAUGUUUUCAAAAACAAACUGAAAACAGAAAACAACAAUCAGGACGUGGUAGAGAAAGACUGAAACAAUACAAAAUGGUAGCCAAAGUGUUGAUUAUGUUUUUUUGUUCUAUGGUUUUGUUCCAAACCUUCCAAACCAGUGAUGCUUUUCUUGCUUCAUUUAAUGGACGAAGAGCAGCUGUUGAAAAAGAG